CACAUCACACCGUGAAUCGCCAUUGAAAAACCCUCAUUCUCUCUCUCUCUCUCUCUCUCUUCACACACACAUACGUGUAUUUGUAUUUGUAUUUGUAUUUGUAUUUGUAUUUGUAUAGAUAGAGUUGAUGAUGGCGGUUCCUGUGGUUCAACUCCCGAUCUUUCUUCUGGUGAGGAUUAUCGGAGUCAUAGUGGCAGCUCUCGUCCUUACCUGGACUCUGCAUUACAGAGGAGGAUUAGCUCUCAUCUCCGAUAACAAAGAUCUCAUCUUCAAUGUCCAUCCUGUAUUAAUGGUGGUUGGUCUAGUACUUCUGAAUGGUGAAGCUAUGAUUGCCUACAAGACUGUUUCAGGAACAAAGAGCUUCAAAAAAUUAGUUCAUCUCUCAGUGCAAUUCGUGGCUUUCUGUUUGAGCAUAAUUGGUGUAUGGGCUGCUUUGAAAUUUCACAUCGAUAAGGGCAUUGACAAUUUCUACAGUCUGCAUUCAUGGCUGGGCCUCACUUGCCUUAUACUAUUUGGUAUCCAGUGGACUGUUGGAUUUGCAACCUUUUGGUACCCGGGUGGUUCAAGAAACAGCAGAGCUACCCUGUUGCCAUGGCAUGUAUAUUUCGGGGUUUAUAUUUAUGCCCUCGCUAUCGUUACUUGCACUACUGGUAUCCUAGAAAAAGCCACAUUCCUUCAAACAAACCAGGUUAUAACGCGCUAUUCUACAGAGGCUUUGUUAGUGAACUGUUUGGGAGUCUUGAUUGUUGUUCUAGGUGGGUUUGUUGUUCUGGCAGUUAUUUCUCCUGUGAAUGGGAAAGAUGAAAUUCUCAGGGGAUCAAUAGAAUAGGAUGAGUAAUAUCUGUUUGAAAUCCGGUAUGACUAGGAGAGAGGCUUAUCCUUUGUUAGGAAUUGCAGUUUUUUUUUACAUACAUGUGAAGAAUUGGAUGACUGAAGUAAAACUCUAAAACUCAAUAAAUUUUCCUCAAUUGGCUGUUUGAUUUCCAAAUGAGUAUAGGAAAUUAAUGAAAACUUGAUUCUUAUAUCAUUUUGGCCAUUUGACUUC